AUGAUCCAGAUUCAUGAACUGGAGGAGAUAAGGCACCUCGCCUAUGAAAGCUCCAAAAUCUACAAAGAGAAAACCAAGGCCUACCAUGACAAGAGGAUCAUUGCCAGACAAUUCGAACCCAACGAUAAGGUCUUGCUUUUCAAUUCAAGGCUGAGACUGUUCCCAGGGAAGUUGAAGUCUAGAUGGUCCGGGCCUUUCACUGUUAAGGAAGUUCGACCCUACGGAGCAGUUGUGCUAUUAGACAGAAAAGGGGACGAGUUUGUAGUGAAUGGACAGCGCGUCAAGCACUACCUUGCUGACUCCACUAUCGCAGAGGGAGAAGAGAUUCCCCUAAGCGAGCCCCCAUCAGCCUGA